AUGAAGAUUGCACUCCUAUCAGCUAUAACAGUGCUUCUCUCCACAACCGUCACCUCUUUCACGGUUCCGACGUCAGAUAUAACCAUUCGCCAUGGCAACCUCAUCAGAUCCGCCUCUGAACCCGUAGAUCUCGAAGGCAGAGAUCUGGAAAAGCGUCGUGGAGGAGGCGGCAGAGGCGGUAGUGGAGGUGGGAGCAGUGGAGGCGGAAGUGGUGGACGUGGUGGUGGUGGAGGAUCCAGCUCUAGCUCGAGCAAUCAUCCAGGAACCCGUCCAGGCUCAACAAGUACCACCAGCAACACUGGAGGUACAUCGCGCGGUGGUUCUGGAACACGGCCGACGUAUGGACGUGGUGGCGGUUACUAUGGUGGUGGUGCGACUGUUCCUUAUCAAUCGGGCAUUCGGUCACCAUUAGGUAUUGUGCCCUUCUUCUUGCCUCUCGCUGCCCUGGUGGCCUUCUUCCCUGGCCCCUGGCUCUACGGGGCACACAUCUAUCCUUACGGCCACCCUUACCAUUACAUCAACGACACCACGAACAAGAACGAAUCAAUGCCGGUUAUCUGCUUGUGCGCGGAGUACUCGACUUGCGGAUGCGACGACAACAACAAUAGCACGUACUAUGAAUCGCUCUUCAAUGGAACACAACCUAAAAACGGCAGCAUUGUCAGAGUUACCGACGUCAACGGUACGCAAACCAUUGCCAUCAAUGGGACCCUGCAAAACGGGACUACGGCGGACGAGGAUACGGUAGAUUCGGCCGCUGCCUUGACGUGGUAG